GAGGUACCUAGGUACCCAAUGAGGUAACCUAUUAUAACUGUUGUAGCUUUCACCCAUUAUCUUUAUCCAAUUCUUCUAUUUUCAUGAUUCUUCUAUUUUGAUGAAAGUCUACCUUAGGUAUGUCCUAAAAUAUAAAAUAUUAGGCACUAGGCAGCCCAUAAACAUGCUUGAGAAGCAAUUAUUUCGGAUAACUCCAUCAUUCAAGAUUGUUGAUCGUCAGAAUGGAAGGGUUACUCACUCCCGUGAGCCAGAGUUACCGUAAAUCCAGCCAACAUGACGAGCUGUUUAAAAUCUCUGAGCCCACUAAAUCUGCCCCUGAGGUACAGAACAAGUUCAGCGGUUCUUCCCCAGAAGAAGCCCUUGAGGCUCUCAAGAGUCAACCAAGCUACGAUCUUCUUCUAUCUGUGUUAAAGUACAUACAGAGGGGUGUGCGAGGCUCACAUCCCUUUGACAUCCGGAAACCCAGCCCCCAAAGUGCACAGAUUAUUCAUGUCUUGGUUACUGAGAUUGUUCCUAAUUAUUGGACUGUAUUACGGGACGCAUCGACGGGACAGAGCAAAGGGGACUUUCAUGUGUUAAUCUCAUGCUUGCAAAACCUUGCGGGCAUCAAUUCUGUAGUAGCAUAUCUCCGUACCUUACUAAAAGAAGCCAAACUAGAUUCGAAACCUCUGAAAGAUUCACAGGCCAGCUUCAACCUAGGCUUUGUCCUGGAGCUCCUCACUAACAUCCUUCAUUCCCACGAUGACAUAAAACACAUUUGGAAUAGUGUUGGUUCUCUCCAAAGUCCAACCCAGAUUCGACUUGUACGCCAAGAACUUGUUACAUUAUUUACGAAUGGAAAAAUCAUCUCGCUUUCUGCAGAAGCAGAGGACGUUUGCCGUCAGACCGGUCGAUUGAAGAAUGACGUUUGGAUUAGCAAUACUAAGCUUUAUGUUGACUGGCUUGCUCAUAAUAUGGUGCAGUGGCUUGGACCAGGGGUCGACGAGGAGGGACUCAAAGUAUGCAGCGAGAUAUUGACUCGGGGGAUGAGGCUAGGGAAUUCAGAAUAUCUAAUCAAUACAUUGGUCACCGGGUUACUUCUUCAAAACGCUGAACACCGCGAAACAUUUGAGAGUCUGUUGAGCUCUCUUCCAUCUCUUGAACAGCGGAAAGUUCUCACUUUGACUAUGAAGCUACUUUCGAAUAAGUAUCUGAGCUCUAUAAACGACACGAAUGUGACCGAGCAAACCCCUAUUAUCCAAGCCGCAUCUGGGGUCCUAAAGACGAUAAUAGGAAAUGACGAAACUCGAAAGAACCAUCUUUUGAGCUGGCUAGCGAGUGGAUCUGGUGCGGGAAUAGGUGAAGGAUAUGGAAUCAGACGAGCUGCUGUCGCUGUUUUUUCUGACGAUAAGGAGUUUAUGGCAACUAUCCUGGAGAAAAGUUUAAGCCAGUUCGGAGAUAAGCUGUACAUCAAACAUGCUCCUUUACUCCAACAAGAUGCACAUGCUCAAGUACUACUUCUCAGUGCUGGAUACGUCCAUAGACUGGCACCAAUAAAACUUACGAUUCUAUUACGGUCAAGUGUAUACUUGAAUGCCAUCUCUAACCGGAUUGCUGCGUCGCAAAACCGUGCCCGUUUCCUCGGGAUGGUGGUUGGCGAGGCGCUCUCGGGACUGGUACAUGGUAAGGAGACAAAACUCGACUUCAAGAUGGACGAGAUGGACACAGAGGAAGCAAAAUGGUAUAAGUCUCUUGUUCAGAUUUUCGACAAGCCUGGUCCUUUAGAUCCAUUAAGAGAAACGACAUCUCUACCGAAACCCUUCAGUGCUCCCAAGAUAACAAAACCCUCGGUGGCACCCGCUCAGCGAACUGGAAAGCUACCUGCCCAGUCAGGUUUUAUUAUCGAGGAAAUCCAAGAUGAUGAGGAUGAAGACCCAGAUCUAGUGCCGUAUGCGAAGCCUGAUUCAGAUGCCGAAGAUUCGGAUGAUGACCCUACACUCAUUAAUCGUGACAAGCCUAAGGCUCCUGUCUACAUUCGUGAUCUCAUCACUUAUUUCCGAGACUUGGAUAACUAUGACCGUCAAAAGCUUGCUCUAACAACAGCCCCCUCUCUGAUCCGCAGGAAAGCGAACUAUGGCACAGAAGUUAGUUCUCAUGCAGAGGAGCUUGCUACGCUCCUCGUCGGUUUACAGGAUAAAUACGACCUUGAGAACUUUGACGAUCUUCGUUUGCAGGGGAUGAUUGCAAUCGUGGUUGCACAGCCAAAGGGGAUGGGCCAGUGGUUUGCCAAGACGUUCUUUGAUGGAGACUAUUCAUUAUCCCAACGCGCGUCUAUCCUCAUGGUGUUAGGCCUCAGUGGUAGAGAGAUAGCAGGGUUUGAAGCGUCCGAAUACGGAUCAACUACACAAUUCCCUUCCAAAAUGCUCCCCGCCAAAAUCGAAAAGUACUACGCAACACCAUCACCGUCGAAUAGACUUGAAUCUAGGGCACAAAACCUCAAAGCCCUCCCCCCUAACGCGCUAGAUAAUCUAGCGAAAUCUCUCUCGCAAUCCUUCCUAGCCCCGUUAGCCGCUGAAGCAGCAGACUCCGUAACGGGACCAGACGCGCUUAAGCUUUCGUCUUUCACGUCGCGCCUACAAUCACAGUCAUCCUCCUCUCAUUCCGUCAAGGGUAAAUCCAAACCGCGUGUUCGCGCUAUACCCAAUACCACCGCUUCCCUCAUAGCAUCGUCAUUCUUCUUUCCCCUAACCUCGCGCUUCCAAGCCGCGAUGCGCUCGGCAUCCGCCACCACGAGAGGCAUCCUUUUCCAGCCGUAUUUGCUCUGCCUCUACCUCAAGACCCUAGCUAUCCUCCUGCACGCUGCGGGGCCCAGCACCCUCGCCCUCCCGCAGAUGACCUCCGAGUUCUGGGACCUGCUCCUUGGCAUCCGCGGCCAGUGCGUCGGCGACCUGGGCGUCACGCAGGCGGUCCUCUUCGGCCUCGUCGCGCUCCUGGAUGUUAAUGAGGCUGAUAUGCGUGGUCUCUGCGAGAGGCACGGGCGCGAGGUCGUCGAGAGCGCGGAGUGGGUCGGUGCGGUGUUUAAUAAUACGCGGGGAGGCGAUGUCGGCGGUGAAGGAGGAGGGGAAGAAAACGAAGUCAAGAUGCUGGCUGCUGGCGUGCUGAUCCGCUUGCGCGAGGCGGUGGAUAAGUACCAGGCCGUUCUAAUGGGAGAUUUGAUAGGAUUUACGUAGAUGUAUGUUAGAUACCUAGGUACCUGAGGAAGGAUACAUCGUCCUUUGAGAAUGGUGAAGGACUUUGCUAUUAUAUCUGUGGUGGCUUGUCUCUUAAUGCUUGUUAGUAAAUAUCCAUGCCGGCCAGAAGCAGGGAGUCCGCGAAUAACAUCACAUCUUGUCACGCGCUACCAAACUCCCCCAUCCCAAUAGCACUUAUUUAAGAACCUAGGCGGUC